AUGAACUUCAUUAUGUGUAAAAAUCCAGAAGCUAAUGAGAACGUUGAAGUUUUUGCGGACACAACCCGAAAGAUUAGUGCGAUGUGGAGGCUGUGGCUGAAGAACUCUGUAGGACUAAUGCGUCCAUUACUCAAACAUAAUUUCCAUGGUUCUGCAGUUUUUGUUCUUCUUGUUAAAUAUCUCUUGGAUCGAUGA